AUGUCAGACGUUAAGAAGAUUGUUGUUCUACCAGGUGACCAUGUCGGUCAAGAAAUUACCGAAGAAGCUAUCAAGGUCUUGAAUGCCAUCUCAGAAGCCCGCCCUCAAGUGAAAUUCGAUUUCCAGAACCAUUUGAUUGGUGGAGCUGCCAUUGACGCUACUGGUGUUCCUCUACCAGAUGAAGCCUUGGAAGCUGCUAAAAAAUCAGACGCUGUCUUGCUUGGUGCCGUUGGUGGUCCAAAAUGGGGUACAGGCAGUGUUAGACCAGAACAAGGUUUGUUGAAAAUCCGUAAAGAACUUCAAUUGUACGCUAACUUGAGACCUUGUAACUUUGCAUCUGAAUCUCUUCUUGAAUUAUCUCCUUUGAAGCCAGAGUACGCACGUGGUACUGAUUUCGUUGUUGUGAGAGAACUGGUUGGUGGUAUCUACUUUGGUAAGAGAAAGGAAGAUGAUGGUGAUGGUGUCGCCUGGGACAGUGAACAAUACUCUGUUCCUGAAGUUCAAAGAAUUACCAGAAUGGCCGCCUUUUUGGCUCUUCAACACAACCCUCCAUUGCCAAUUUGGUCCUUAGACAAGGCCAACGUUUUGGCCUCUUCUAGAUUGUGGAGAAAGACCGUUGAGGAAACAAUUAAGAAUGAGUUCCCAACACUAAAGGUCCAACAUCAAUUGAUUGACUCAGCUGCCAUGAUUCUGGUGAAGAACCCAACUCAUUUGAACGGUAUUAUCAUUACCAGCAACAUGUUCGGUGAUAUCAUUUCUGAUGAAGCAUCCGUGAUCCCAGGAUCUCUAGGUUUGCUACCAUCUGCCUCUUUGGCUUCCUUACCUGACACCAACACCGCUUUUGGUCUGUACGAACCUUGCCACGGUUCUGCACCAGAUUUGCCAAAGGGCAAGGUCAACCCAAUUGCCACUAUUCUAUCAGCAGCCAUGAUGUUGAAGCUUUCUUUGAACUUGGUUGAAGAAGGUAAUGCCAUUGAAGAGGCUGUUAAAAACGUAUUGGAUGCAGGUGUCAGAACUGGUGACUUGGGGGGAAGCAACUCCACCUCGGAGGUUGGUGACGCUGUCGCUACCGCAGUCAAAAAAUUGUUGGCUUAA